CGGUGUUGUUUUGCUAACUUGAUACCAAGAGGAAAGCUGGCACACAAACUUCUCCAGUUAUGUAUCAUCUUAAAUCAAUGUCUCCGGUUCUAUCAGGGCCGUUUGACCUUUAAAUGUCCGUCCGAGGGUCUUCAAACACCGGGCUGCUCAGUUCACCCAACCGCUCUUAUUUCCAAAGCCACUGUUAGCCUGCGGAUGCUAACUUCAGCUAGCGACCGUUGGUACUAAAGUCGCCACACAGACAGGACAAUCCACGCUGACAGAAGUCAUACUUUUUUAAAAUUUUCCCACCGCCAGCACAGUGAGCGAUGUGGAAAGUAACUUUACUAGCGUGUGGUGGUCUGCUGCUGGCCUGGUUCUUCGGGAACUUUGUUUGUUUGGGUUGGUUUCAACAAGACAGCAGCGUAAAACCCAAAACGCAGCAAAGCAAGCAUCCUAGCAAAGCGUCUCCAGACAGCCAAGACCAGAGCUGCUUCUGCCAUCUGACGGGAGUCCUGGACGACUGCUUCUGUGACGUUGAAAGCAUCGACGUGUUUAACAACUUCAAGGUCUACCCUCGAAUCAAGAGGCUGACGGAGAAAGACUACUUCAGAUACUACAGAGUCAACUUGAAGCGACCGUGUCCCUUCUGGCCCAACGACGCACAAUGUGCCAUCAAAGACUGCCAUGUGGAGCCAUGUCCAGAGAGCCAGAUCCCAGUGGGCAUCAAGUCUGGGAACUACAACAAGUUCUCCCACGCAGCGACCGCGGUCUCGGAGGUGACGGAGUGUGAACAGGCCAAAGACCUGGGCGCCAUCAACAGCACCCUGAGUCACCAGAGUAAAGAGGCGUUCGCUGACUGGGCGAGACACGACGAUGCUCAGGAUCACUUCUGUGAGCUGGAUGAUGAAACCUCUCCGGACUCUGAGUACGUGGACCUGCUGUUGAAUCCGGAGCGAUACACCGGGUACAAAGGUCCUUCAGCCUGGAGAGUGUGGAACAGCAUCUAUGAGGAAAACUGCUUCAAACCCAGAUCAGUGUACCGACCUCUGAACCCUCUGGCUCCGAGCAGAGGAGACGACGAUGGAGAGGGUUUCUACACGUGGCUCGAAGGUUUGUGUUUAGAGAAGAGGGUUUUCUACCGACUGAUCUCCGGCCUCCACAGCAGCAUCAACAUCCACCUGUGUGCUGAGUACCUGCUGGACGAGGGCUGGGGCCGCUCGGUGUGGGGUCCGAACGUUCAGGAGUUCCGUCAGCGCUUCGACACGGCGGAGACGAAGGGCGAGGGCACUAGGCGGCUGAAGAACCUCUAUUUCCUGUACCUCAUCGAGCUGCGUGCGCUCUACAAGGUUUCCCCGUACUUCGAGCGAGCGUUCGUCAACCUGUACACCGGGAACCAGCAGGAGGACGGGGCCACCAAGGAGCUGCUGCUGCAGUUCUUCAACGAGAUCAGAUCUUUCCCGAUGCACUUUGAUGAGAAGUCCAUGUUCGCCGGACAAAAAAUUGAAGCCAAAAUAUUAAAGGAGGAGUUUCGCCUCCACUUCAAAAACAUCUCCAGGAUCAUGGACUGCGUCGGCUGCAGUAAAUGCCGCCUGUGGGGGAAACUGCAGACGCAGGGUCUGGGUACAGCUCUGAAGAUCCUCUUCUCUGAGAAGGAGAUCCAGAACCUUCCGGAGCACAGCCCGUCUAAAGGCUUCCAGCUGACCCGACAGGAGAUCGUGGCCUUACUCAACGGAUUCGGCAGGUUGUCCACCAGCAUACAGCAGCUGCACAGUUUCCGCCUGCUGUUGAAGGACCACAGGUAACAGCAGGAGGGUCUCACCUGGCCAGUCAUGCGGCGCCAACCCACCCCACCCCCAGAGAUCUGCAGGAGUCUAAUCCAGCCAAGAAAAAAAGCCUUUUUCAUGGACAUCAGGAUCAGCAGUGAACCAUUAACCCUUUCUUCUUCCCCCUUUCUAUACCUCCUCCUCCUCCUCCUCCUCCUCCUCCUCCUCCUCCUCCUCCUCUCGGUGUGGCAGGUCUUGAAUGUUAACUGUCUACAUCUUUUUUUCUUCUUCUUAUAUCUGUAAAUCUUGUCGGCCAUUGACAAACCUUUUCAUUUGUUGUUCUCCUUUUGAGAGAUUGACUUGUAAAAUCAGCAGGUAGUUUGUAGUGUUGGACAAACCCAGAGGAAGUGACCUAACAGACCAAACUUGGCACGCCAGGACCUGGAAGCGUCCAACAGGAAGUGACUGACUUAAAGCCGUGAUUUACUUCUGUUUCCUGCUGACCCCGCCCUCUGCUGACAUCACAUCCUGUUGGAUUUUGUCAGUGUUGUGAACCACACCUUUACUGUAAGGAUGUAGAAAUGCUUUCUCCUGAGAGAGGGACUCAAAAACGGUUUUCUAGAGAAGAGUCUGAGGAUUGUGCUGCCUGUUUUUUAUCCUUUGUUUUUUCCUCUCCUCCCGUUUUAAGAGACGUUCGUUGCUCAAAGCCUGAAGAUUUGGACCAAUCUGCUUGAGUUUACCAUCUCAGGCUUUACACAUGUCAGCUCGCUAAAACAUUGUGUGUGUGUGUGUGUGUGUGUGUGUGUGUGUGUGUGUGUGUGUGUGUGUGUGUGUGUGUGUGUGUGUGUGGGUGUGGGUGUGGAUCAACAGUUGCAGCUAUAAGAUAAUGGACUAUGACUUGAUUCCAUCGCUUGAUAUUGUAGCAGAUGUUUGCUCUCUUUGGAUAAUAGCUAAUAAUUCUAAGAUUAGUUUUUGACGAGUCAUGUUCCUGUCUGGUCGCUGCCUGGCGCCUAUAGUUUUCAUUUUGCUUAAGCCAUGUUGUCUUAAAACACACCUUUUAAUCAAGACAGAUUUAUUUAAAUAGCUAAAAUAGAGUUAUUAGGCGUUGUUGAGAGGCUCCGGUAUUUCAUUUCAUGCUGGUUAUUUCCACACAGGAGGUGUGAUUGCACCUGGGGGCGGAGGAUUGGUUUUAAAGGGAGCGUGCUGCACAUCAGCAGGAGGCUGGAGGUGACUCAGUUUCAGGAGCCUCUGGGGCUGAGAGAAAAACAACUUUAGUGUCCAGCUCUCUGCGAAAAACCUUCUCCUUACAGGAUGAGUCUGGUGUUAUUCUUUAUUUUUCAUAUUUACUUAAUUCUCUUACGGUUAGUCUCUUAAAAUGUUUGGACUUCCUGUCUUUGGCGUCUUUACUGAAGCUGAAAUCUUGUUUAAAAAACCACAAAAUAGCCUGAGACAACAGGAGGAAGUGGGGCAUUUGUUAGGGACUAUGUUAUAGUUUUGGACGUGAAUGGAACUAUAUAGCACGCAGGAAGAAGAUAUAUCAGGAUUUGAUUCACACACAAUACAUGUUAGUAGAUACAUGCAUUCUAAUUUGGUGUUUUUUUGGGAGAUUUGUUGGAAAAAUAUAGAAUAUCACCAGACGUUUACUUCAACUAGGUGUGCAAACUUGAGAGAGUUUUAUCUUUGAAAGAAAAUAGGAUAACUUCACACAGAAAACACGGUGAACGAGCCGAUUAAAGAGUAUCAGUUAGUAAGCAACGUCUAACAAGCAAAGGACUAUUUGGUGACGUACGCCAUGUUUGUGGGGUCAGCUGUAGGUUUCUGAAAGAUAGGUAAAGCUGCAACAACAACGACAGCUGAAUGCGAUUGGCUGAGACACCUGUCAAUCAAACAAAAGAGCUCUCACUCUUGAGUUUGUAUUUGAGGAAAGGUUGAAGCUUUAUAAAUUGAGUUCAACAGAAAUAUAUAAAGUAAUAGACUUCAUUUAGUGGCUGUUUUCUUUGGCGUCUCCCUUCAGCUGUGGUCUGGUAAAAGAAGUUGUGUAAAGAAACGUAAAAAUGGAUUCAUGAGGCGAUUUUACAGAUGAAAAGUCUGAUUCCUGUCUAUUUAACUUUUGUUUUGCUCAGCAGUGAAAGCAUAAAGUGGACCAAAGAGUUUGAAGUUGCCUACUUUGUUUAUGUAUUUUUGUUUAUUUGUGAUGCCCAGAAAGUGUUGAUGUUUUACUUUAUUAUUAUAGAGAUAAAAAGGAGAGGUAUCAGAUAUAUAAGAUUGUUUUCCUUCUGAUUAUAUAGUUUAAGAGGAUACGGCUAAAGUAUCAGGCUAUAUAUUAAGUUGUUUAAAAUGUAAAAUAGGAUAAGAAACAUUAUUAUUGAGAAGUAUUACAAUAUAAAGAUUAAUAUUAACGUCCCAUUUCUGCUUAAAUGCAAUGUAUCACAGGCUUUCUUAUUGACUUAUUUUGGGGUACAUAUAUUCAGAUGAAUGCCUGGAUGGAAGAGAUCAUUUGUAUCUUAUUUUUUGUCGUAGAAUCCAAGAUUUUGGAAAUAAAUAAAACAUUUUUUUGAAAUAAUGUACCGUAAUAACGCAAGUCACAACUCAUAGAUUCAGAUAGAUGUUUCAAUUUAAAGAACCUUUUUUAUUUCAUUAAUAUUAUUGCAUUUCACAAGUAGGCAUUCAGUUUUUGUUCAAAUAAAAAACGUUUUUUUGAUAAAAUACUCUCAUAAUUAAGCCUGUUUUCUUUGUGUGUGUGUGUGUGAGAGAGAGUGUGAGAGUGUGUGUGUGAGUGUGAGUGUGUGAGAGAGAGACGUGUGCAUGUCUUCCUCUAAGCCUUGCAUGCCCUCCAGCAGCCGGACGUCCCGUGCAGCCGUCAGCCUUAAAACUAAAUCAUGAUUUAGGAAAAAAGAGAAACAUCAACCCGCUUCAGAUCGUCACGCUCUUCAUGUUGGGAUCCAAAUCUGUGCAGUUGUUUCCGUGAAAGGCAGCAGUUUUUCUUUUGUUUUGCUUAAAGGUCUUUAAGAAUAUAUAUAGUUGCACCAUGUUGAUGUGUGUACCUGUUGAGUAUAUUUAUUUGAAAAGAGGAAUAAAUAUUUCUGGACAUCA